AGAGAAACCACUGGAAUCCGCCAGCUACUACAUACAGUACUCAUCCAUUCAAAAUCCCACCGCCACCGCCACCGCCACCGCCACCGUCACCGUCACCGUCACCGUCACCGUCCUCCUCCUCCUACUCCAACCGCCCUCUCUUCCAAUCGUCCUCCUUAAGAAUCGGCGAAAUCGCUACUUUAUCCAACCAAAAAAGAACUAAUACUCAUAAUAAAGAAAAGAAUAAAACUUUAUCCACCUUCUUGAUCAAUCUAUAGUGAAUCUGGUACUAAAAUACUAAUCCCACUACUGCUACAAGUAAGCAAUCAGACAUGGCAGCGUGGGAGGCUGAGAAGGCCAGGACAGUAUGUGUUACAGGAGCAGGGGGAUACCUGGGAUCUUGGUUAGUCAAGCUACUCCUUUCCCGCCAUUAUACUGUUCAUGCCACCCUCAGAAAUCCCGAGGAUGAGAAAUAUGUUCAUCUGAAGAAACUUGACAAAGCAGCUGAGAAUUUGAAACUCUUUAAGGCUGAUUUGCUGGAUUACAACUCCAUUUCUGCAGCCAUCAGGGGCUGUGAUGGCGUAUUUCAUGUAGCUAGUCCUGUUCCUUCAGGCUCUGUUCCCAAUCCUGAGGUUGAACUUGUUGAGCCGGCUGUAAAGGGUACCCUUAAUGUACUGAAGGCUUGUUCUGAAGCAAAUGUCAAGCGCGUUGUAGCUGUUUCCUCUGUUGCUGCUGUUGUUGUGAGUCCUAAUCGGCAUAAAGGUGAAAUUAUAGAUGAGACGUGUUGGUCAGACGGGGAAUACUGCAAGACAACAAAUAACUGGUAUUGUUACUCCAAGACGGUUGCUGAAAGUGAGGCUUUACAAUAUGCAAAAGAAACUGGCCUUGAUGUUUUAACUGUAUGCCCAUCCUUUGUUCUCGGCCCCAUGCUUCAGCAUGAUGUGAAUGCUAGCAGUCUGGCUCUUAUAAAGCUGUUGAAAGAAGGAUAUGAAGAAAUAGAAAACAAAUUCCGGGAUAUGGUAGAUGUGCGUGAUGUGGCUGAAGCACUGCUUUUGGUUUACGGUAGACCUGAAGCUGAGGGGCGGUACAUAUGUUCAUCUCACCUCACUACGACAAAGGAUACAGUGGAAAUUCUGAGGAAAAACUAUCCCAACUAUAAGUACCCUAAGAGAUUUAUAGAGGUGAAGGAUGAUCAAGGCCGAGGAAAUGUUAGCUCAGGAAAAUUGCAGAGGCUGGGCUGGAGAUAUAGGCCAGUGGAAGAAACUCUUGUUGACUCUGUCGAAAGCUACCAGCAGGCUGGGAUCUUGGAUUGAUAACUUUCUGCCUUUUCUGUUUUUUUGUUAAUGGGACUUGUGGAUUAUUUUGUAAAAGAAUUUUUGGAUCUAUUAAAAGUGGAAUUUGUGCUUGUGGAAAUUUUCGAUUAGGCUUUGGAUAAGAUCAUUGAAAUUGAAUUGAAGGUGAA